ACUAAUUGAGAGGGCUUGUUUGGGUGUUCUUAAAAGCAUUUUAAAAGUACUUUUUGGGCAGUAUCACCCGAGCCUGCACGGAAUAAUCAGCAUUCACAGCAUUUCUAUAUAUGAUCAAGUAUUGAAAGUACUAUAGCUGAUCAGCUGUCACGUGCACAAUGUUGAAUUGUUAUAAAAAAUUUACCAUUUAUGUAGAAAUUAACACAACUGAUACCAAUUAUCCGUAGAAUACUGGUUUUCUUGAUAUCUUUCCAGGUCAACGGGUAGAAGAAGACUAAGGACGGAUAAAGCAAUGAGUUCGAGAAGUUAUGAAUCGGAUCCAGAUCCAGAACCGGCAAGGGCUGAUCAGUCGGAGUUGUCUCGUGGAGGUUCGUGCGUAUUCAUGGACACUCAUGUUUAUAAACAAGCCAGCCACUGUUGAAUAUAUAUCAUAUAUUUAAUUUGGAGAAAAUAAUUAAAUUGAGAUAGCUGGCCGAUAUAUGAAAUUUAUGUGAGGGGUCAAUACUUCAAAACGACAUACUUCAAGUAAUUGCGACUAAUUUUUCCACAAUUACAACGCCAGAGGUUGUUCAGGCAUCCAUUGAGCUGCCAAGCAUGCCUAGCCAAGUUGAAGUCAAAGUUGAAAUUCCAAUUUCCAAUGUCAAUGCCCAACAAGCACCAGAGGUUGUCGAGGCAUCCAUUGUUGAGCAAACAACCAUGCCUAGCCAAGUUGAAAGUCCAAUUUCCAAUGCCAAUGCGCGACAAUGGGAAGAAAGGAAUAAGCUUUGUAUAUUGAUAUAUAAAGCUGCUUCAAAAGGAGAUUGGAAUGAAGUUGAUACUGCUCCGAGAUCGAACAAAUCUGCAGGUCGUCUUGAGAUAACAGAAAGAGGAGAAAGGCCUCUUCACAUAGCUGCUGCAAACAAGCAAACUGCGUUUGUCCAUGACCUAGUCAAACAGUUGGACAAAGAAGACCUGAAAUUGCCGAAUAAUUAUGGAGAUACAACUUUCUCUUUUGCAGCUAUAUCAGGGGUUGUAGAAAUUGCCAAGGUGAUGUAUGAAAAAAAUAAUGCUCUGCCAACAAUUCGAGACAAAAACCAAUUGAGCCCAAUUCAAAGGGCAGCUUCGAUGGGAAAGAAAAAAAUGGUUCAAUAUCUUUACGACAUUACACCUGUUAAUAAAGAUUUCAAGGCCAAGGAGCGCAUGGACAUUCUUGUUGCAUUGAUCGACAGUGACAUGUAUGAUAUCGCAUUAAAAAUAUUGGAAGCGGAUAGAUAUAUAGUCAGAAGAACUCCAAAAUCGACAAAAGGAAGUGCCCUACACGCGUUAGCUCGAAAACCUUUAUCACACUAUGGUACAAGUCAAGAAUGGCUAUGCGAAAGACUUGUUAGAAUCGUCCCUCAUAUUCACUGUUUCAAAAGGAUAUAUGGUUCAAUUCAGAAGCGGAGACAAGCCAUUCUUUUGGUAGAGAAGCUCUGUGAACAGAUUCUGAUUUUAGAAGGCUCGGAAAUUUCAAACCUAUUUAACGAAACUCCUAUACUUACCGAUGCUACAAAAAUUGGGAAUAUUGAGUUUAUGACUCUGCUUAUUAGCUCAUUUCCUGAACUUGUAUGGAGAAUCGACUCAGAUAAGCACUCCAUAUUUCAUGUUGCUGUUAUUUACCGACAAGAGAAAGUCUUUAGUCUUAUCCACCACACAAAAGCUAUUAAAGAUUUAUUGAUUCUCAAAACAGAUAAAGAGAAAAACAACAUUUUGCACUUAGCUGUGAAAUUACCACCUUCGAGCAGACUCAAUAGUGUAUCUGGAGCAGCACUUCAAAUGCAGAGCGAGUUACGGUGGUUUAAGGAGGUGGAGAAGAUUCUACGGCCUUUGGAUGUUCGGAAUAAAAACAAACAAGGCAAAACACCUAGGGAGUUGUUUACGGAGGAGCAUGAGAAGUUACGGAAAGCUGGUGAGAAGUGGAUGAAGGACACAGCAACUUCUUGCAUGGUUGUGGCAACCUUAAUUGCCACAGUUGCACUGAAUGCAUCCUUUACCGUACCAGAUGGGAAUAAAGAAGCUCACAAUAGGUGGUUCACAGUUUUUGUUACAUCUAAUGCGGUAGCAAUGUUUAGCUCGGCAGCUUCCAUAAUGACGUUCUUGUCUAUCUUAACUUCACGUUAUGGAGAAGAUGAUUUUCUAUAUAUAUUACCGGUAAAGUUGAUGGUUGGACUAUUUACACUCUUCGCUUCAAUCGUUUGCAUGCUCUUAAAAUUUAGUGCAACCUACUUUUUGGCCCACAAGGAAGAAAAACCAGGGAUAUCGCCUAAAAUUGUUGCUGGUCUUGCUUUGCUUCCGAUCACUUUAUAUGUAAUGCUAAAUUUUAGGUUAUGGAAUUCCCUAAUCCGCUCAACAAUCCAACCUUCAAGGUUUAUGUCUUGACUGGGUAAGCACAGGCUAUUCUAAUAAAAGGAGCUCCGAUACUAGUUGUCGUUACUAAUAAAAGUGGAGAAACUUUAUUGUUGCUUUGUUGUUGUUGUAUUUUCCAAUAAAAGGCUUCAUUUUUCAAA